AUGGCAACCAACGAAAUUACAUUAUUCUGCGACGUUUGUCAAAACAGAGACCUAAAUAAGUCAGCGGAGGAAUAUUGUCCACAGUGUGAAGAGUUUCUGUGUACAGAAUGUAGAGACUAUCAUAAGUUAUCGAAAUCGUUAAAAGUGCAUCAAACAAUCACGGUAGACAAAUAUAACAAAUUACCAUCCUUCAUCAAGCAAAUGCGCCAAAACUGUGAGGAACAUGACAGUUUUCUUGAAGUUUAUUGUAAAUCUCAUGACUCUCUAUGCUGCAAACGUUGUUUGAUAUCAAGUCACAAGGAAUGUAACGACACUAUUUUCGUUGAUGAUUUUCUAGCACCAUCUUCAAGACAGCAGUCAGCAGGUUUAGAUAACGUUGAAAAAGUUUUAAAAGAUCUGGAUGAUAAUAUUUGUUUCGCUAUUAAGGACCGAAAUCGAAAUUUGACAGAAUUACGUGAACAGAAGCGGGUAAUUGCAGAACAAAUAAAAGAAAAGCGUCAACAAAUUAAUACAUACUUAAACAAUUUAGAAGAAGCAGUAACAGAAAAAUUAUCUGCAACGGAGAAAGAAUACUGUCUGGUAAUAGAAAAAGUGAUUGAGAAACUGAAUGAGAGAAAGAAGAAAGUAGACGAAAUUAAAAAUGAUGUCGAAUCUAUGAAAAAGUUUGCAUCCAAUCUGCAAAUCUUCAUGGGAACAAAGAAAUUCGAGGAAAAUGUCUCUACUAAUGAACUAAACGUCCAAAGUUUAUUUGACAAUGCGAGUCUAGACAACUUAACAAUGGUAUGUACUUUAAAUGAAAAUCUAAACAGAUUAAUCAACGAUAUCAAGACAUUUGGUGAUAUAGAAGUUAAAAAAGAUGAAAAAUAUGCUUCUUUUCCAUGGAAAGGUAACAAAUCAGCACAAUUUUUCAAACAAAUGCCUGGAGACAAAUCGAUUGAAAACAUAAACGUCAAGCUAGUACGUAAGAUUGAAAUAGAUCGCAAUGACCUAACUGGAUGUGGCAUAUCAGAAACAGGAAAACUGUUAUUUCUACAAGCACACAAGAAUACUCUGUUGAUAUAUGAGGUUGAUGGUCAAUUCAAUUCCAAGUUGCAUAUCAAAACUGCGCCGUCUAAAAUCGGAUAUGACCUUGCAGUGGUCGAUUCCAAUACAGUAGCUGUAUCAAGUGGUGGAAAUUACCCAAAUGCGAUUUACUUAAUUGAUACAAAUACUAAAGAAACGCAGCAAGUUUUUGAUCUAAAUGACUUCUGUUACGGUUUAAGCUAUCACAAAGGUUUAUUUGUGUUUUGCACUAAGGUAAAGGGCAUACAAAUAUUUGACAGAUCGCAUGAAAAUGUGACGAACUUCCGAUUACUACCAAAUUCACCCCAACUGGUAGACUAUGCCUAUGUUACCUCAAAUGAAAAUUUCAUUUUUCUUUCCAACUCAAAUGAUCAUUCUGUCGUAUGUUACGAUUUCAAUGGUCAAGUUCAAUGGAUAUAUUCUGAUUCGUUGUUCAGAAAACCAUGCGGCAUUACCUUAGAUUCUAAUUCUAACAUUUAUGUUGCUGGUUUUGAUUCAAACAAUAUCGUAGUGAUAUCACCGGACGGAAAGCAGGCUAAACAGCUGAUUGGAGCUAGUGACGGACUUUUAAAUCCUCGAGCUAUUCAUUUUGAUAAAACCAAAAACUUACUUCUAGUAGCAAACUCUAACAAAGCGGCCUUUUUAUUUCGUGUUUGA